ACCUUUUUCCAGUACAGUUCGAUGGCGGAAAAAAUCCCUUUUGAAAAAGACGCACGUUAGUUUGGCGUUGUGUGUUUUGGACAAUGAACGAAGCAGCGAUCGCAUAGCAGCCAAACAACCCACCACACACAGUGAUUCUACCCCGUUUACUUAAAGCGUACAAGAAAUUGUGAUACCGACAGUGACUGCUUUAUAUAUAUAUAUAUAUAUAUAUAUAUAUAGUAAUUAUUAUGUUCCGUACGAAGAAAGAAGUGGACCGGCACGCGGCCGAUCUGUUGAGGAGGACCCGGGACGAUAAGGAGAGAAAUGGUAAAGGUUACCAAAUCGCUAAACUAUACCAGCAAGUUGGAGAAUAUGAAAUUGCUCGCAGGUACCUUACUGCAUUCCUCACUGUCCAAGAUGCUGUACCCCAGGCACAUAAACUCAUGGGACAAAUUUCCGAAAGCCUCAAAGAUUACAGAAGAGCUAUUGUUUCCUAUGAAAAGUGUUUGCAGUUAAAUGAAAACCAGAAGGAUGUUGUACUUAAAGUCUGUGAACUUCUGCUGCGGAUCAAGGUUGAUAAAGAAACAGUCAAGUAUUGGAUUGAAAAAGCUGAAAGUGUUGUCCAAGGCAGUGAAGUGGUAUUUCAUUUGAAGGAAAAGCUCAUUGAUUCCGAAAGUGAUGGCAACCCAACUGAGAUGGAGAACUUCUUCAAGAGUGAACUUGUUAAGAAACCCGGGAAUGUACAUAUCCGUAUUAAACUACUCAAGUUGUAUGUGGACAGCAAACGGAUCGACACUGCAAUUGCCCAUGCUGUAUCUGUGGACUCUCUCUACAUCUUUGACUUCAACGUUGAUUGGUAUGACUACCUUGUUGAGUUUUAUUCACUUCCAUAUGUCUGCAGCCACAUGGAACACCACCCAACAGACAUCAAUGUCUACACACACAAGAUAUUUGCCCACUGCAAACAGCUACUGCUGUGGUUGCCAGCAAAAGAUGUUUCUGAUAUUACAGAGGCUCUACAUGCGUUUGACCAGCUGCUGUUGAAUGUUGCCAGUUUACAAUUCCACCAACCACAAUGGGCAGCAUUUUUGUCAGAAAUGCAAGGAUAUUUCUUCUUUUUCUGUGGCUGUUUGUUAUUUAAGAGAUCUCUUAAGGGUCAAUCAACUUGGAAAGAAAUUGAAGGUGCUGCAACUUUGUGCUACCUGGCCAGCGUAAGCUACCGUCCUAUCGAUAAACACUCUGACUUGUACCUGCAAGGGGACUUGACAAACAGGCUGUUUGUGAAGUACCUGCAUAAGAUGGGCUGUUACCGGUUAUCACAAGUUGGCCAUGUACUGUGUGAUGUUGUUAAGAAGCACUCUUCCAACUGGAUCUAUGACCUCACGGUGCGCUGCAGCACGCCCCAAUGCAAGGAGCAGUUGUAUGACUUGGUCUUCACAUUCCGUGACAUGCGCAGGGGACGGGGCAAGUCUUUCCUGCUGUCCGAAAACGCUUUCAACAAUGUCACUUCAACUAUUCCUACAAAGUCAGAUCUUGCAGAAUAUGAUCAAGUCUCUGUCCUUCUUAACUCCACUGAUCUCAACAGCAUCAUCUGGUUGUGUCUCCACUAUUACAAUGCAGCCAAGGACGAAGCUCAGCCGAACUAUAACUUUUCCCUGUUUGACAAUCUACCCUACUCCAGUAGCUCCUUGUCCAGUGGAUUAAACCUGGGUGUCGAAUCACUUUGUCAGCUUGAUACUGAGGUGUUCCUCAUCGCUGUUGUAUAUUCUGCUGGUCGGCUACUGCAGCAGGUGCGACAGGAACCAUCCCGACCCCAGCUGUUACCAAAGGUUUUAUGUCGGCAGUUUUGUACACCGGAGCAAGCUGAAUGGUGGCAGCUGGCUUGUAAAUUCAGAGAGAAGCUUGAACUGUGA